GGCCCUUUUGGCCUUCCUAUUGUUGGAAAUUUAUUCCAAUUACCGGGAAGCGAUUCAAUGAAGCAUUUUGCAACUUGGAAAACACAUUAUGGUCCAAUUUCAUCAUUUAGAAUAUUUUUCAGGACCUUUGUUGUGGUCAAUGACUUCCGAGUUGCUGUAGAUAUAUUUGAAAGGAGGUCCUCCAUUCAUUCUAGCCGUCCAGAAUUG